AUGUCGAACACCGUCCACGUUCAGGGCAUCUCCCACCAAACGAGUGAGAAGGAAGUCCAGGACUUCUUCAGCUUCUGCGGCAAGAUCUCCAACAUCACCGUGAACAACAACUCCGACAACGCCGACGCUCCCCGCACCGCCGUCGUGCAGUUUGAGAAAGAGACCGCUGCCAAGACCGCUCUGCUCCUCGACAACACCCAGCUCGGCUCGGCCUUUGUGCACGUCACCUCCAACGCCGCCCCGGGCGCCACCUCGACCUCCACCUCCGCCGGCACCACCGGUGCAGCAGCAGCAGCGGGCACCACCAGCGACGAGCACGAUGACAAUCUCUCGCAAGAAGACAAGCCGCGCUCGCGCAUCCUCGCCGAGUACCUCGCGCACGGCUACGUGGUCAGCGACAAGGCGAUCGAGCGCGCCAUUGCCCUCGACCAGCAGCACGGCGUGAGCAACCGCUUCAUGUCGGCGCUGCAGAACUUCGACGCCAAGUACGGGGUGUCGGAGAAGACGGCGCAGGUGGACCAGAAGCUGGGCGUGUCGGACCGCGCGCACCAGGGCUGGCUCGGGCUGAACUCGUACUUUGAGGCUGCGGUUAACACGCCGACGGGCCAGCGCGUGCGUGCGUUCUACGACCAGGGAUCUAAGCAGGUGCUGGAUGUGCACAACGAGGCGAAGCAUCUUGCGUCGCUGAAGACGGGCAAGCCGGAGGGCUCCAUUCUGAGCGGCGUGCCCUCGGCUGAGCAGGCGCAGAUGGAGAAGGUGCAGAUUGAUGGCAAGGGUGAGUGA